GACGAAAAGUAAAGUAGUUUGAAGAGAAGCAAUCAGUAGUUCAGUGCAUUUAUAAUUCGAAUUGUUUUUGAAAAUAAACAAAAAACAAUAAGUGUUUAGUCAUUCUCAUUGAAGACAGCUGGUCUUCUGGACAUUUGAUUUAUAUUUAAGUUUUUAUAACAAUUGAAAAGAUAAACAAGAUUUUUUGUUUAGCUAAACUUUUUUUUGCGUUUGAGGCUUCAAAGUGUGUUGUUUGUUUGUUUAUUUUGAUAGUGUAUUAUUUUACAUAUACACUGAGCUAUAUUUAGUCAUGAAUAUCAGAAAGCUAAGCCCUGAACUUGCUAGAAAAGCUGAAGAAGACUUUGGCGAGACCUAUGAUCGUUUACAAACAGAUAUCGAUGCUCUUCGUUGUUGGAUAGAGAAACAAAAUCACUUGAUUUCCAGGAAGGAUGAUCAAUUUCUGGUCACGUUUCUAAGACGUUGUGAUUUUAAUUUAGAGGAUACUAAAAAGAGAAUUGAUUCUUUCCUCACUUGUAAAUCUACCAGUCCUGAUAUUUACAAAAAUCGAUCAGUUGAUGAAACUGCUUUAGAAAUUCUGAAAUCCGGAUUAGUUACAAUUCCACCGAAUUCAUUACCAAAUUGUGGUCCAAAAGUGAUAAUCUCACAUUUCUGCAAAUUUGAUCCGAAAAAACACAAUUUUAAAGACAUUGUAAAGGUUCGAUUCAUGUUAUUUGAAAUAUUAGCUUUUACUGAUGAUGUCGCUAGUAUAAGUGGUGCCGAAUUGGUUUUUGAUUUGAAAAAUUGUUCAAUCAAACAAGCUUUUUAUUUGCAACCAGCUGUUUUGAAGAAAGCAGUUUUUUAUCAAGAGCAAUGCACACCACUUCGAAUAAAAGCAAUUCACAUAAUAAACAUGAAGAAAGAGCUUCAAAGUAUUGUUCAAUUUGCAAGAAGUAUUAUCUCAGCUGCGGAAACAGCAAUUCCGGUAAGGUCAAAAAUAGUUUUCGAAAUUCUGAAUUACUAAAGUAAUGAAAUUUGUGCU